GGAAAAUGGCGACUCCCGCUCGUGUCUCGGAGUCCACGCCGGCAGCGGAUCCGGCGCUAGCAGCGGGGGCUGCCGAGGAAGCCGAGUGCCCGCCCCCUCGCCAGCCUCAGCCCCCGCAGAAUGUCCUCGCUGGCCCGCGGCUUCGAGCCCCAAGUUCCCGAGGACUUGGGGCGGCGGAGUUUGGCGGAGCUGCGGGAGAUGUUGAAGCGCCAGGAGAGACUUUUGCGCAACGAAAAAUUCAUUUGCAGAUUGCCCGACAAAGGUAAAAAGAUCUCGGGCUCUGUUGCCAGACUGAAAGCUGCCAUCACAGAGUGUGAAGAAGUUAGAGGACCAUUUCAUCCUGUUCGUUUGGACUGUAAGCCGAGGCAAAGAGCCGUUGCAGUGGUUGACGUGGACACAGGAAAGGCCCCGAAUUCUGACCAGAUACUUGAUACUGCAUCACUAGUUUGUGGCUCUUCCUCCGUACGUAGCAUCAAGGCACCUAAGACCACGUCACAACAGCGCGGACUUGUACGGCCUCCUCCGGAAGGCGAUGAAGACGCUCCGGAGGUUGAGUACACCGUAAGCGUGCACCCAGCUUCCAGCAGCAGAGCCAGUGCACCUUCCUCCUCCGAAGCUGGUGCGCGUCUCCCUCGGCAUCAGGUUUCAAGGCAAGCAGAAGACAAUUCGAGCGGCUCCGACGACCUGUUUCUUGAUAGGUUACGAAGGAUCACAGUUGUGGACUCAGGUGAAGAGCACUCGGAAGAGGACAGGAGUGCUGAGAACGUGGCAAGGCUUGGGAGUGGGGCCCAGAAGAAGCCUCAUUUCAUGGAAGUGCUAGAAAUUCGAGCCAAAAACCCAGUGCCCCCAUCACAUAAAUUUAAAACGAAUGUAUUACCUUCACAGCAAAAUGAUUCAUCUGGUCAUUGGCAGAGAGGAGGGUCUCCCGUCUCCUCAGAAGAAAGGCGGCUCAGGGAUAAGAAGCAUCUUGAUGACAUUACAGCAGCCCGGCUUCUGCCGCUUCACCAUAUGCCCACACAGCUGCUCUCCAUAGAAGAAUCGUUGGCACUUCAGAAACAGCAGAAACAGAGUUAUGAGGAGAUGCAAGCCAAACUCGCAGCACAAAAAUUAGCUGAAAGACUGAACAUAAAGAUGCAGAGCUAUAAUCCAGAAGGGGAGACUUCGAGGAAGUACCGAGAAGUGAGGGAUGAAGGUGACGAUCAGUCCUCUGGAGAUGAAUUCUGAAGAUGGGCAGUGGAAUCAUCGCCUAAAUCUCUGCCUGUUGAGUUGUCACGAUCUUACAUCAGACUUUGAAACAAGUAUCAAGAUCGGUGUCAGACAUUGUCGAGGGAAGGAAUUUUGUUUAAGUUACACAAAGGUAGCUAUAAAAAUAGCCCAGUUUGUCUUUCAGAAGAUGACUUUCGUGUACUUAAGAAGUUUAAUAUUUGAAUAUUGUGUUUUAACCAUAUUGUAUUAAAGUUUUGCAGUAUGUUGUCUGUUGGUCUGAUAUUUUAGUACAUAGUAAGCACAGUAUUUUUUCCUCUAAGCCAAAUGAAGCAGGUAACUGCUCUUUUCCUGAUUCUUACCUCUUUGGAAUAGCAUUUAUUACAUUUACUACAUGUCUUUCAGUGAAAUAUUUGGUUGCCCCAGGCAUCACCUAAAAUGAAUUAGGAAGAUAAAUUUCCUUCCUUUUGCAAGUAAUGGAGGGAGCAGUCUAGAGAAUUUUAUGCAUGUUUGCAUGGGGUUAAUGAGGUGUAUUGGAUGUGAAAUGCCUAGGAAGACACUUAAUAGAGAAUUCUGAAAUGUUUGUUUCCUUCUUGUCUUCCCUUAGGAAGAAUGUUAUCUUCUGAUUAGGAAUAGGAGUACUUUUAGUUGGUGCUUGAGGGUGGAUAGUCUUUCUGGAUGAUCACAUUUGCCUGGAGUGACAUGAGGUAUAGGAAAAGUCUAGGGUGACUGUAGGUGAAGGGAGGAGCUCUUCUUAGGAUUGACCUGACUUGAGUUCAUUGCUCUAAGAGGUGACAGGUUCAGUUUGGUAAGAAAACCAACUUUUUUUUUUAAAGCUACAAUUGAAUUGUUAAUGCAUUGCCUUCCCCCCCUGCCCAAGAGGCAUAUAUAUAGGCUACAGAAAUCUCAGUCUCGUAUGUAUACAUGUUUAUGUAAUUUUAAAGGAUUACAUGGUUGUUAUCAGAGAUUCUUUGUUUAACAUAUUGGAGAAUUUAAACAGUGUUGAAAGGAAGAAUAAAAAAUUAGAGCAACUUC